AUGGGUUUCAUAAAGAUAUUAAAACGUAUGCUUUAUGCAAAUUUUGCAUCUUGUAGUUCUAAAACAUUAGGAAUCUUAGCACCUUUAACAAUUCCACCAUUGCAUAUUGCAUUUGUGUAUUACUUUUGGCAAGAAUAUGCAAGAGAUGUUGAUAAACAAUAUUGUUCUUGCUCAUGUUGGGACACAGUAUUCAAGGGAUCAUAUGAAUCUGGCAUUGCUUCUUAUAAACAUAUGUAUUUCAAUGCCACAACUAAUACUUUUAAAAUAUGGACGACAAUUGUAAUUGGAAUUAUUACUUUCUAUGAAGUAGUGAAACAUUUAACAUGGCUAGCUUUCCAUAAUCGCCUUAGGUUUUCUAUGAUGAUCCUUUUUUUAACUGCUAUUUUUUCACAUUAUUAUACUUGGUGGGUUUAUAUAAAUUACUGGAAUGAUGAGUUCUAUUCCCAAUGGUACCAUCAGUUGUUUUUCUCAAUCACUGAGUUGAUAUCUACUUUUCUGGUAAUUCAUCUAGCAGAUAAUAAAAAUUCAAUAACUCAUAGAAAAGCAUUUGGUAUAGCUGCAAUAGCUAUUUUGCAUAUUGUGGCAAGUGGUUGGGAUCAGUUUAUUGCUAAUGUUUUUAGAGGAGAAGGGCAUGCACAUCAGGUUGUACGUGAUCUUGGAUUUAUGAUCCCAGAUAUUCUUCAUGUUGCUAUUUCAUUAUGGGCAGUUAAGUGGAAAAAUAUAAAUAAUCUUCCUGGUUCUACCAAACGAGAUCCUAGUAUCAAAAGAGAUCUAGCUUAUAUGUUAGGGAUGAUAUGUAUAGGAUUAUGCAUUUGUGCCAUAUUGUAAUUCAACUGUUAUAAUGCCUACAAAUAGUGUCUUAAAAAUCAAAUAAUGAUUUAAUUUAACUUAUUUUCUUAUACAAAGUUAUGAAAAAUAUACAUAAAUGAAUUUUAUUAAAAGAUAUAUAUAUACAUCUUUGUAAUACUUUUCACGGUGCUGAUACUUACGCUGAAAGUAAAUUUAAUUAGACGCAGUAAAUUUAAUUUGAUUUAGUUUAAUAGAUUUCAUUAAAAAUGGUUACCAUUAUUACUUAAUUAAUUUUAUAUAUUUAAAGAAGUUUUAUAUUUCCCUGCUUCAUUUCAUGAUAUUAAUAAAAAGCAUUUUACAUUAAUAUUAGUAGAAAAAGCUUAUACAAUACAAGUUAUUUAUUAUAGAAAACAUAUUCUUUUAAGUUGCUCAUUCCUUUUAUUUUUAAAAAGUGGUAAAUUUUUGGUUUGUCUACGAGAGCAAAAUAUAUUCUAAGUAUUAACAAAACAGUAUAUGAAUAUAUAAAAAAAAUUAUGAUUAAUGAUUUAUAUGUUUUAAACAUUAAAAUAAAUAUAUUUAUAAUUACUUUUUUAGAUAAUAAUAAAUAA